UUAAAAUUAAUUUUAGAGGAGUUGUAUUGAGAUACCUGAAAAUAAUAGACUUGAGGAUCGAAGCCAUAGUCACUGAAUUGUUGAGGUUCAACAAUGGGGAAUUUGUUUGACAUUUUGGUUAUUUCUGUGGGAAAAUGGGACUACUACUAUACUAUGCAAAAAGACUAGAAAUUUGCACUGGACUAAUCCAAUUCAGGUGUAAAUCAAACGACAAAUGAGAGGGAAUAGAGUCAAUUAGGAAUUUCCAAUUCACAACCAGUUUUUUUUUUUUUUUUUUGGAAAGCAAAGUCAAUUAGGUUCGUCCUUAAUUAACUGAGAUUUUUAUUCGUCAAAUCUGAGAUUUUUUUUCUUAAUUAGCUGAGACUUUUCUGUCUGUAAUUAAUUUUAAAAGGGUGUGGCAAUUGUGGAGAGGCAGGUGCUAAUGGUGAAAGAUGAUAUGGAAGGACGGGAGGUGGGGUAAAAUUGGGUUUGGUUAGUAAGGUGGCAUGUCACAUGGUGUCCACCUCAUUAAACUAUGAGUGACAUGUGGUAUUGGCCUCUACCUUGGACAAACUUAACGGUGGAGGGGUAUAUUUGAGCCAAUAGUAUAACGUUAGGGGUAUAUUUGAACUCAAAGUAUAACGAAGGGUAUAUUUGACCAUUUUUCAAUAGUACAAGGGUAUAUUUAGCCCUUUUCCGUUUUCAAUACGAUCAAGAAGUACCGAAAUAUUGAUGCACAAGCAUCACUUAUAGUCUCCUCUUAAAUGUCAUUGAUAAUCUUAAUUAUCUCAAAGUCUAUAUUAAUGCACCUGGUUUUCUUGUUAAAUUCAUUGUAAUAGAUGGAACAAGUAACACAAUUAAUUCUAUUAAGUUAUCCCAUUUUUCUUUUUUCUUUGUCCAAUUAUGGGUAUUCUAAUUAAUAUCUGUUGAUUAUUGCUUCGUCUACCACAAGAAGUGAACAAGUACGAGUGUACGACAAUAUCAAAAAUGAGGUGGAAGACUAUGUUCAAACUGAACAAGAACUUACAAAAUGCAACCGAAGAAAUUUUGUUAAUCUUGAUGUUUAUAUCGGCUCUACUAUACUUAAGGUGGAUCAGGAGUCGUAACAAUCAAGAUCAUCUGCUUACAAAUAGGAGCACUGACAAAUUAAACAAACAAAUAUUCAUAUUAGCAGGACAAAGCAACAUGGCAGGUCAAGGAGGUGUACACAACUUCUCUUGGGAUGGUAUUAUACCUCGCGAAUGUCAACCUAAUCCAGAUAAUAUUCUUCGAUUAUGGGUAAAUAUGAAGUGGGGAAUUGCACACGAACCCCUUAAUUACGGGGUUGAUUGUCUUCAUAAUUGUGGAAUUGUCCCUGGAAUGGCAUUUGCUAAUGCAAUUCUUAAACAAGAUCCAAAUUUUAGGGUUAUUGGAUUAGUGCCAUGUUCUAGGUCAGGUACUGGAAUUCAUGCAUGGAUUCGUGGGAGUUUGCCUUAUGAUCAAUUGUUAACAAAAGCUAAGGUUGCUCUUAGAGAUGGAGGGACUAUUAGAGGAUUAUUGUGGUAUCAUGGUGAGAGUGAUUCAAAGUAUAAGUCCACUGCAAGAUGUUAUAAAUCCAAAUUUAUAAAGUUUAUUCAAGACAUACGUACCGACUUGAAUUCUCCUCUGCUUCCUGUUCUUGUGGUAGUUCUACAUUAUCCAAAACCGCCGUUUGUAGGAAAAUUUGUGCAUGUAGUGAGACAAGCACAGAUGGAUAUUGAACUCCCAAAUGUAAUAAAGGUGGAUGCUAAUGGUCUACCAGUGGGUUCGGAUGGUAUUCAUCUCACAACCCAAGCCCAAGUCCAACUUGGUAAUAUGAUGGCUCAGGCUUUUCUCAACGCUAAAUUUCAAUCUGUAACAUUUAAUUCAAAACAAGACAUAUCAUAUGAUGUAGCUAGUAGUACCUAUCCACUUUUUUUUUUUUUGUUUAGAUUAUUACUUAUGGUACUAAAUUAUUAGAAAUC